UUCCAGAAACCAUCUGAGAUGGAAAACAUCAAGGCAUCAACCGAACAACUCUGUGCUGAGGCCAACAUUCAACGAAAAAAAGUUUCCGAAGUUUCAAAGGAACUGCUCGAUUUUUGCGAGAAGAACAAGACCAACGACAUGCUGGUCUCCGGGCCAACCGAUCAGCACAAUCCAUUCCAAGAGAAGAAAAGCUGUUCAGUACUCUAAAUUGAUAUCGCGCAUUCAAAUUUCAUUAUCUACCGGCAUUUCAAGACACGUCCCGAUUUUUCACAAUUCACGUUACUGUCCAUCAUUUCUCUAUUCAUUAUUGCUCUAUUGUUUUAGCUACACGUUUUUGAACUCUCAGUCCACAAGAAAAUCAACACGUUCACCAAAUCUCAAUUUCCGAUCUCAAAUCUAACUUGCAAUCUUCUUGUUUUUGGAAUUGUCUUCUGUAGCUAUCUGCGCUGAUCACUUCGAUCUAGCCAAUUGGGUUUUUUUAGCAUUGGCUUCACAAAAGACUGUCAUUCUGAAAUUUUUCAGUAGAAUCGCACUCUUUUGUGAAGUUAAAGCUUUUUCCCGCAAAAAUAUACUUCUUAAUUAUUUUUUUUUCUACUUUCCUAUGCAUCUAUAAACAAUAAUUUAAA